AUGGAUGGAAGGUCCUUAAUCCAACUUCUCCACAUCUCUAUUGGGCUUUUACCAUUUGCAUUUAAUUCUGAAGCACUGGGAAAUGAAAGGGAGAGACAAGCUCUCCUCCAGUUUAAGCAAGAGCUCACUGAUAACUAUGGCCUUCUCUCUUCUUGGGGCACCGAUGAAGCCAACAGGAGCCACUGCAAUUGGAAAGGAGUCUACUGUAGCAACCAAACUGGUACAGUAAUUAAGCUCCAACUCGCAGCACCCUUUGUCCCUGGACUUGGGUACCAGUCAUUGAAAGGUAAGAUUAGUCCUUCACUGUUGGAAUUGCAGUGCUUGAAUCACUUGGACCUCAGUCACAAUUUCUUCAAUUUCACCCCUAUUCCUGACUUCAUUGGCUCACUCAGCAAUCUCACAUAUCUCAAUCUCUCCUUCGCUUGCCUCAGUGGACCUAUUCCUCACGAGCUUGGAAAUCUUUCAAGCCUGCUUUAUCUCGAUCUCAGUUGGAACAGUUACAAAAAUGUAGGGAACCUUGAAUGGCUUUCUCACCUUACUCUCUUAAGACACCUUGACCUCAGUGGUGUUAACCUCAGUGAAGCCACUCAUUGGCAGCAAACUAUCACAAAGCUACCUAUGCUAACAGAACUACACCUGCGCCAGUGUAAUCUUCCUCAGACCGUUCUUGAUUCACUUAAUUCUUCGGCAUCCCUCUCUGUCCUUGAUCUCUAUGGUAACCAUCUCAAUUCUUCAAUAUACCAAUGGCUGUUCAACUUCAGUGCGUGUCUUUUUGAUCUCAACCUCUCUCUUAACCACUUGCAAGGCCCGAUUCCCGAAGCUUUCGGGUCUAUGUUCUCCCUUGCCCGUAUAGAUCUCUCCUUUAAUCAACUUCAAGGUCAGGUCCCAAAAUCUCUAGGGAAUUUAUGUGGUUUGAAGUUGUUGGACCUGUCCUGGAACAAUUUUAGUGGAGAGCUUCCAGAGUUGGUCAAAAUGUUAGCUGGUUGCACAAUGAAUUCAUUAGAGUUUUUGGACUUAUCUUUGAAUAAACUGAGUGGCUCCUUUCCCGAUGUGACAACAUUUUCAUCUUUGAGGGAAUUGCAUUUAUAUGCUAAUCGUCUUAACGGGUCUUUCCCCAUAAGUUUUGAGCGAUCUUCUACCAUUCAGGUUCUGGACUUGAGCGAAAACCAAAUUAUGGGAACACUGCCUGAUCUUACAGUGUUUUCUUUAUUAAGAGAAUUGUAUCUCAAUGACAACGAGUUAAAAGGUCCAAUAACCAAAAGCAUUGGACAUCUUCACGAGCUUGAGGUUUUGGAUGUCUCUUCAAAUUCAUUGGAAGGUGCAGUCUCAGAAGCUCAUUUGUCAAAUCUUUCAAAAUUACAGAUACUGGACUUGUCAUUUAACUCAUUGAUUUUAGAGUUCAGCUCUGAGUGGGUUCCUCCUUUUCAAUUGGAUAUCAUAAGACUAGCAUCUUGCAGGCUGGGACCUCAUUUCCCAAAAUGGCUUCAAACUCAAAGCAAUUUUUUCUUGCUUGAUAUCUCGGCUAGUGGAAUUGAAGAUACCGUCCCAACUUGGUUUUGGGACCUAUCUCCUAGAUUACUAUACUUGAAUCUCUCCUGCAAUCAGAUCAGCGGUACAAUUCCAGAUUUGUCAUUGAAGUUUACUGCAUUUCCGGCGAUAGAUUUUAGCUCUAACCAUUUUAACGGCUCAAUACCGCUAUUUUCUCCCAAUUUGUCGUCUUUGAUCCUCUCCAAAAAUAUGUUUUCGGGGUCACUGUUGUUCUUGUGUGGGAUUAACGGCAAGGUUUUCAAUUAUCUCGAUCUCUCAUAUAACCAACUAUCAGGGGAGCUACCUGAUUGUUGGAUGCAGUUUGGAAGUUUAAUCAUCCUUAACUUGGCAAACAAUAAUUUGGUGGGAACAAUUCCAAGCUCAAUGAGUUUUCUACUUUCAAUUAAGUCCUUGCAUUUACAAAGCAACAAACUUACAGGGGAAUUGCCUUCAUCCUUGAAGAAUUGCAGAGAUCUGCUAAUUGUUAAUAUGGAAGGGAAUAGAUUUUCAGGCACAAUACCGACGUGGAUUGGAGAAAGCCUACAAAAGUUGUCCAUUCUUAGUCUACGAUCGAAUGAAUUCUACGGAAGCAUUCCUCUACAACUAUGUCGCCUAGAAGGUCUGCAAUUUUUGGACCUCUCUUUAAAUAACAUCUCGGGAGCCAUACCAAAGUGCCUUGAUAAAUUGAGUGCAAUGAAUGGCAAAGGAAGCUCAGCAGGUGUUAAAAUUUCCUUGACUUACUCUUCUUAUAACAGCUUAACAAAUGGUCAUAUAACAAGUUCUGCUGCUGCGUUUUAUGUGGAGUCUGCAACAUUAGUAUGGAAAGGAAGGGACGUGGAGUAUAAUUCCACCCUUGGACUAGUUAAGAUCAUUGACUUUUCAGGAAAUAAAUUAAGUGGAGAAAUUCCUGAAGAAGUUAUGAACCUUGUAGGGCUGGUUGCCUUGAACCUAUCUCGAAACAAUUUAAUCGGGUUAAUCAGUCCGAAGAUUGGUCAACUGAGAAAACUAGAGUCCCUUGACCUGUCCAGAAACCAGCUUAGUGGAAAAAUUCCCACAAGUUUGUCUGAUCUCACUUAUCUGAGCCACUUAGACUUGUCGAAUAAUAACUUGUGGGGAAAAAUUCCAUUGGGCAUUCAAUUACAGAGUUUUGAGGCUUCUGUUUAUAUGGGAAAUCCUAAACUUUGUGGAUCCCCACUUCCAAAUCAAUGCUCAGAUGAAGAAUCAGCAGAACAUCGGUCCGAGACCAAUGAGAAAAGGGACAAUGACCUUCAAGAAGAGCAUAGGAUAUUUAUGCAUAGCACCGGGCUCGGUUUCAUUCUGGGAUUGUCUGGACUGUGUGGCUCUUUGUCACUCAACCGUUCAUGGAGAUUGAGUUAUUUUCAAUUUGUAAGCAGUAUGGGUGAUUGGCUCUACCCAAAAAUCAGUGUUCUUAUUGCCAAAUUGCAGAGGAGGAUUCAAAGCUGA